AUGCAUGGCUUCUCAAUCUAUUUCAUACUCAACCAAAACCUCAAAGUUUUUUCAUACUCUCUCAUAAGGGAUAUGUCUUCUGUUACCAAGUCAAUCAGACGGUGGUGGUGUAGAAGCCAUGUACACAGGGACAACAAUGAUGAUGGCUACAAUUAUGCACCAACAGCCUGGUUAGAAGCACAUGGGAAUGGUGAUGAUGAUGAAGAGUACGAGUAUGCUCCAGCAGCAUCAGAGGGAGACGAUGAUGAUGAUGAUGAUGAUGAUGAUGAUUAUAGUGAUGACGAUGAUGGAGAUUAUGACUAUGCCCCUGCAGCAUGA